GUUUAUUAAGAUCAUAAGCCGGUCAAUUGCCUAGGACAAACUACCCAAUCGGACGACAUUUAGUGAUAAUUUGGUUCGUUUAUAAUCAGCAGCGAAAUCAAUGAAACUUACUUAUAAAAGAUUCAGAUACGAAAGGGUGGAAGUACGUUUUACAAGGAAAAUAUGGAAAAAGGUCCAAAAUUUGGAAAAAGGCACGUGCAAGCCAUUCUGUUAUUUACAGGGGUGACCACCGAGCUGAUGACCAGGAUCACUCUCUCCUUGUCUAUUGUCGCCAUGACCGAUAGCACUGCCUCUGUUAACGAUAAAAUUCCGACCUACACAUGGAAAGACCGCGACAUCAUCCUGUCCUCGUUCUACUGGAGCUACCUGGUGCUCCAAGUGGCGGCAGGCCAGGCGGCCAAGCAAUACGGCCCCAAAUGGAUCCUAUUUGCCGCCCUAACGGUAAACUCUUGCGCCACCGCCCUUAUACCCCUAGCAGCCGCCUGUUUCGGCUCCAAGGGGGUUAUGGCUUGUCGAAUACUGCAAGGGAUCAGCCAGGGAUGCGUCUACCCUUCCGUACACACCAUGCUAGGACGUUGGGCCCCGCAGGACGAAAGGGGACGCAUGUCUACGUUUGUCUAUUCAGGGAUAAGUAUUGGCACUAUUGUAUGCCUACCACUAACAGGAGCGAUUUGUAAAUCUUACCUCGGUUGGCCGGUUUCCUUGUACCUGUUUGGGGGUUGUGGCUUUUUAUGGUGUAUUUUGUGGUUAUUUUUUGGUCAUAACAGUCCUGCUACCCACCCUACCAUCACUAAAGCCGAAAGACGUUAUAUCGAAGAGUCUUUGGCUCAGGCUGAAGAAACCGAGGUAAUACCAACCCCUUGGAAAGAAAUACUUACGUCAGCACACGUGUGGGCCCUAGUGAUCGCCACCGCUGGUUCGGGCUAUUCGGUCAUAUUUCUGCAAAACGAGAUACCCACUUAUUUAAAAACCGUUAUGAAUUACAAUGUGGAUGCGAGUGGUUACAUUAGUUCAUUGAUUUCGGUCGUAGGGGUGCUCGCGAUGUACAUUUAUGGACCGUUAUCUGACAUUUUGAUCGAAAAACGUUACCUCUCUCGUACCAAUACCAGGAAGUUCUUCGAGAUUUAUGCAUGCUACGGAUCAGCAGCCUUCCUUUUAGUCUUGGCAUACCUAAAACAGUCCCAAGAACAUUUGGCCGUUUACAUGCUAGCGGUGGCCAAUGUGUUCGGUUCGGGAAUACUCUUCGGACACUCGGUGAAUCCCAUCGAUCUCUCUCCGAGAUUUGCCGGGAUCAUUGUGGGACUUGCCAGUUCGUUGUCUAGUGUGGCCGCCCUAUGUGCCCCACUAUCCGUUCAAUAUAUCGUCACGGAUGAGACAAAUCCCCUACAGUGGAGGAUCGUGUUUAUAAUCGCGGCCAUCGGUUAUGUGGUUCCCGCAACCGCUUUUAUAAUAUUCGCUUCCGCUGAGAGACAAUGGUGGGACGAUGGACCUAUUAAGGUUACAAAUACCGGCCAAGGGAGAGUUAAGAAGUUAAGCACCAUAGAACCGGAGAUUUUAAGGAAAUUUAGCACAUCUAAUACAGUGCAAGUUUAGUUAUUGCAGGGUGGUUUUCCUGAAUUAAAGACUGUGAUGCUUGUGAUACUUUAUUAAUUAUUACUGAUUAAUAAGUAAAAGCUUAAGAUAUAAAA